CCGCGGCGGUGACGGAGUCGGGCCAUGGCCGGGGUCCGCAGGCUGGCGCUGGAGGAGGCCCUGGCGCUGGGGCCUGGCUGGCGGCACGCGUGCCACGCGCUGCUCUACGCGCCGGACCCGGGGCUGCUUUUCGGCCGCAUCCCGCUCCGUUACGCGGUCCUGAUGCAGAUGCGCUUUGACGGGCGCCUCGGCUUCCCCGGAGGCUUUGUCAACUUAAAGGACACCAGUCUGGAGGCCGGGCUGAACCGCGAGCUGAUCGAGGAGCUGGGCGAGGCCGUGGCCGACUUCCGCGUGGAGCGCGCUGACUAUCGCAGCUCGCACGCCGGGUCCGCGCCGCAGGUCGUGGCCCACUUUUACGCCAAGCGCCUGACGCUCCAGCAGCUGGUUGCGGUGGAGAUGGGCGCCCCACGCGCCAAGGACCACGGGUUGGAGGUGCUAGGCCUGGUACGUGUGCCUCUCUACACCCUGCGGGAUGGUGUGGGAGGCCUGCCUGCCUUCCUGGAGAAUUCCUUUAUUGGAACUGCACGGGAGCAGCUGCUAGAAGCCAUCCAGGAUUUAGAACUGGUGGAAUCUGGCUCUCUUACAGCCCGUAAGAUCUCCUUACCUCGCCAGAGGCAGCCCUCCAUGGGCCCACGGCACCUGAGAUGAGAACCUUGGUACUAGGGAAGGGAGGCAGGGACAGGGAAAGCUUUCUCUUCUGGGCCUGGGUCUGACAGAUGAUAAUAGAUUAAGAGAACUGUGUGCAGUAUAUUUGAGCAGAGCCCCCACCCACCCCUGCAACUCAACAUCUGGAGCAAAACUGCAGCUCAUCUCGGCCACCUGGCACCUUCUCAGAGCCUGCCUCCUCUCCGUACGUUUGCACACACACGGCAUGGCAGGCCCCAGACAUAUGAAUGUACAGCCUGUGCCCGCACACGAGCUCACUCCUACCUGUAACCCGCCACUUGCAGUUUAAGCAGGACGUGGCGUGUGUGGGGCCUAGCUUGUCCUCCAUGGGGAGGGGCUUCUGAACCGGGGAAACAUUUCUUCCCACACUCCUACAUGGCUGUUCUCCAGGGUCUGGUCCAGCCCAUGCUUGCUGGGGAUGACAGAGAAACAGAGGACCCUUUCCCCACCUUGAAAAUGGUCACAUCCUUGCCUGGGUGUUGGUAGAAGCAAUAUACCCCUGAAAGGUGGGACAGGGUCCUAACCAACGUCCUGCCCUCUAAUGAAACUUAGUGGAAGGGGUGAGAGAAAUGGCUUGGUCUCCUUGGAUUGACCUUGAACUUGAGACUUCUGCAUCCUGGCAUAUCUCCUCCAGAGCUGUCAUCUGGGAUGCUUUACACUGGGGACAUCAGAAGGGAAGCGACCCAGCCCUGGUCUAGCCCUGACUUACAGCUGAAGGGCUUAUAGCUGAGCCUCAAAGCCCUUCAGUUUUCUCAGUGAAGACUGUAUGAGGUAUUACAGAUCUAGCGAUGAGAGAGCCAUAGCUCUUGCACUCCACAGGGUUAAAGGGCUAAAAUGGCAAAUAUUGCAGGCUUUGUGAACUAUAUUAUCUUUGUAGCGUCUGUUCAGCUCUUCGUUUCAGAGGUAGCAAUGAGCAAUACAUAGUGAGCAUAACUGUGUUCCAAUAAAACUUUCUUUAUAAAAGUAGGUGUCCAGCCUGAGGGCAGUAGUGUGCCAAUGCCUGCUCUAGAGAGGAAGAUAAGUAAUCUAUUUAAUUAUGAUGCUCAUUUACUUGCUUCAUGUAUGUCAGUGUUGAGAAGGAAAUAAAAGAUUGAUACAGGU